AUGGUGAAUCUUGUGGAUACCCUUAUGAUAAAUACGGUGACGGAGGGAGCUAUGAAUGUUUUACGCAGUAUCGGAGUAUUUAAGAGUAAAACUAUUGAGACACCCCCAGCUCCUAUAAUUAUCAAAAUGCCACUUUGGGAACUAGCACAACAAGCGGGACCUUUUGUCAGGCUCGCAGGACUGAGUGGUGCAGCUGCUGUUGUUCUUGGCGCAAUGGGGGCCCAUCGGACUUUUCCAGAGACAGAAGCCAAGGAAGAUUUAAAGAAAAUCUUUGAGACCGCCAAUAGAUUUCAUUUCUUGCACACUUUAGCUUUAAUAACCGUUCCCUUAUGCAGACGACCAUACAUAGCUGGGUCAUUCUUCAUAACUGGAAUGGGUCUUUUCUGUGGCACAUGUUACUACCAUGCAUUUACUGGUGAAAGAGCUCUUAGGCGCCUGACACCAAUUGGGGGAUCUUGUCUUAUUCUUGGUUGGCUUGCAAUGGUAUUAUAA